AUGGCGCUUGCUAUCAACAUAAUUUUCAUCUUUGUUGCUGGUAGUGCCGCGGCUCCAGAAAAGAACUUCAUAGUCAAAGGAUGGGCAAGAGAAACCGAUAUUCAUCGUUACAUGGUCUCGAUUCAAUCUGAACCGGGUAUGCAUCGGUGCGGAGGUUCUAUCAUCGCCGACGAUUGGGUGUUGACCGCAGCCAGCUGCGUAGCCGCUGAUCCCAUUACGCCCUAUGAUACUUCGAAAUACACAAUCAUCGCUGGAACUCCUUGGAUAAACGACACAAAGAACCAUCCUGGUCCAACGGAGCAACGCCUUGCGGUCGCGAAGGUCUACAUCCACAAGAAAUGGAAGCCCUCGGGGAUUGACGAUAAUAUAGCGCUGAUCAAGUUGCGAGGAAAAUUCAGCUGGGACAAGCACGUAAACCCAGUGAUGCUAUGGCGGGCACGAAUGCCUGCCCGGAUUGCUGUAAAUAUCCUCGGUUGGGGAAUAGCUUGGGCGAACGGUGAGGAUGAAUAUCAGCCUCGACUGCGUGGCUACAUCGCUCAAAUGCUGCCGCGGGGUCAGUGCAAAAUUGGAAAAGAGGGCGAGAGGACCCAGUGCUUCGAUGGCGGACAGAAAUCUUCCAGUCCUUGUCGUGGUGACACAGGGGGCCCAAUAACGACUUAUGCGCCUGCCGUAAACAAAGCCUGGUACUAUGUGCAAGUGAGCUUGAUUGGCCGUCUUAGAGACGAAGAUUGCCAGACACCUGACACCACAAUCCAAGGGCCCGAGAUCGCUCUCUACUGCGAUUGGAUUCAUGCAACCACCGGCGAGAAAUUGUGUCUCGAAUUA